AUGACGACUAGGAAAAGGGGGGAGAGUUUACAUAGAGUGAUCGUUGUUUUAGAAGGAGAAAAAGUCGCCGCAGAUAAGAGAGGCGUUGCGCCGCUGCUGUGGGCUUCGAAAUAUGCGAGUAAUAAUAAGGUGGAUGAAAUUUUAGCUCUCACCCUUCUCUCCGUUGAAGGGUCCGGACCGUCUUCGAGCAAACGUUAUCAUGGAGAUCAUAGGUGCAAUCAUACGUGUGGAGAUGAUCCGUAUAUCAGGUUCCUUCGUCAUCAAGUCAGCCAAAAAAAAGAGGAUUACAUGCGAAUUUUCAGACCCUUUUAUGAAAGAUUCAAAAGCAAUGGAGUGAAGUUUCUGGUUAAGGUUGCUGCAGGCUACCAACCAAAGGAUAUCAUAAUUGAAGAGGCCAACAAUGUUGGGGCCACUUGGAUUAUUCUUGAUAGUUCCUUUUUAAAACACUUGACUUUCCGGCUGAUCGGAAUCGAAUGUAAUGUUUCAUUGGUGACUGAUGGGGAAGGUGCCGUUGUUGAUGAUCAUUGGAUAACCGAGGAUGUGUCGUCAGACAGCUUAAUGCUCAUGGAAGAAGUAAUCCAUAACCCCAAAUCCCCGAAGAUGAUGAAGGGAUCGUCAUCGACAUCACAACUGAAGCCGGUCAUUCACCCGAGUGCCAUUGGAGAAAUCGAAAAGGAAACAGAGUCGGAGCCACUUAAGGAAAAUGAAAAUCCGAGACAAUUUGAGCUCACUAAAACAGGUCAUAAUCUUCCAUGUAGCAACAUCAGCCCACAGCAGCUAAGCUGGGAAAUGAUUAUGGAAAUAACAAAGAGAUUUUCAACAAAGGCUAGUAAUGAACGUGACAAGAACUAUAGCACAUAUAUGGGAUGUCUUGACCAACAAUCUGUAUUAGUAAAGAGGUUUGGGCCACACUCUACAACCAUUCUUGAAGCAGAAAUGAGAGCAUCCUCGUGUAUGAACCACAAGAACAUAUCGGUUAUCACGGGUUACCAUCAGAGCGAAAAUGGAACGAUUUUAAUCUUUCCCCUGCUACAAGGAGUGACAUUAGAUAGAUACAUUUGGGGCUCGGAAAGAAGGGAGCUGAGUUUCGAAGCUAGACUUAAGAUUGCCAUAACUAUAGCACAAGCUGUUCGAUACAUGCACAAAGAUUGUCCACAAUGGCCCGUCGUCCAUGGCGAAUUGCAGCCCCGCAACAUUUUCAUAAGGCGUGAUUUGCAGCCUAUGAUUUCUGGCUUUGGAAAGGCUGCAUGGCUUCAUAAUGAACAACUAUCAUUCAACUCCAAGAAUAGGUACACAUCCACUCUCAUUAGGAGCAACUUGCUUUAUGUGUUUUUCUUGAGCAAUCAACUUAAAGCAACUUUUGUUGAUAAAGGUGUCUAA